UUCGUAAAUGACUGCUGAAUGUAUGAGUCCAAGAUGAGUUUUUUCAACAGCGAUGUGCCAGAAAUAGUGCUGAAGAGCCUCUUCUCAAAAUAUGACAAAGACGGCAGCGGCUCGCUUAACAGCGAAGAGCUGAAGAUGAUGGCGCAAAACGACUUAGGCAUGAACAAGAACCAGGCCGAGGCCUUCAUCAUGCUGGGUGACAAGGACGGCAACCAGAAGAUCAGUUUCCAGGAGUUCUACGACUGGAUCAAGAGCGGGGAGCGCUUCUCCAUGAUCGACGACUCGUCCCGCUUCUUCCUCGUCCGCAAGGCCAUUGAGUUGUUCAAGAAGUUCGACAAGGACGGCAGCGGGGUGCUGGAGAAAGCCGAGAUGGACGAGGUCCUGAUGUCCUUCGGGGCCAAGCGGGAGCACCUGGAUGCCCACCUCAAGGCCAUCGACAAGGGCGGGGACGGCACGGUGUCCUUCUCUGAAUUCCUGGAUUAUCUAAAUUGGCUGCCUAGGCAGUGAGUUGGGUGAUCAGUGGCAGUUUAUCAUUCUUAUUAUUCGGUGGUGGGCAAAGGGUGAAACAAACAAUUUAUGCAGAGCUCCGGCAAAAGAAAAUGAGGAUUUGCUCGCCCUCACAUUAAUCCACCUGGAUCCAACCUCAUUCCUUGGGUGCAAUAGCUAGCAGGCAUGCAACU